AUGGGCAGUCCACUGAAAGCUUUGCAAGAUGAUGAGAGAUUUGCGCUGAUGAAAUUCAGGCGCAGCGUUCAAGCGAUCCUAGAGCCUCAUCAUGAUGACCAAUUUUUACUGCGCUGGCUUCGAGCAAGAAAAUGGGACCCCGUUGCUGCGGAAAAAAUGCUAAGAGACUCACUGGAAUGGCGAAAAAAAUGGGACGUUGAUAAGCUUAAUGAGUGGGAAGAGCCGGCUGUUGUAAAGGACGGUCUUCCUCAUGGGCUUUGUGGGUUUGAUAAAGAACAAUCACCAGUGGUGAUUGUUCCAUUCAGCGGACUUGAUUUAUACGGAAUCCUUCACGUGGUUCCAAGACGUGACAUGAUUAAGGCAACAAUAAAAACUCUGGAGCAUUAUUUAAAAUUGUGCAACGAGCAGGGGAAGAAACACGGCCCAGGUGCAAGUCAGGUGACUGUAAUUUUUGAUAUGGAAGGAUUCAAUCUAAGACCUCUUAUGUGGAGACCUGCUGGCGAGGUGAUCAUAACCCUGAUACAAAUGUAUGAGGCAAAUUAUCCAGAGAUACUAAAAACCUGUUUCAUUAUUAAUGCGCCCAAGGUUUUCGCAUUUGCCUUUUCGAUCGCCAAGAAGUUUAUGAACGAGUAUACCAUCUCCAAAAUCCAGAUCUACAAAGCCGAUCCUCCCAGAUGGAAGAACGCUAUUCUAAAAGUAGUCAACAAGGAUCAAUUGCCGGCUCACUUCGGAGGUACUUUGACAGAUCCUGAUGGAAAUCCUCGACUUACGACCAAAAUCUGCCAAGGCGGCAAAGUACCCAAAGACCUCUACGUCAAUAAAAACGACAUGCACAAAGAGGACUUCAAGACAACUAUCGUCCGCAAAGGAGACAAGUUCAAGAUCGAACUAACUCCAGAGAAAUUAGGAUCAAUCUUGAGCUGGGAAUUUAAAACAGAAGAUCACGAUAUAAAGUUUGGAAUUGUCAAACAAAAUAAUAACUCUGGAGAAAAAAUUGAAGUGGUUCCUGUUCACCGCGUGGCUGCUCACCAGCUUGAGGAAGUUGGUGUCCUAACUUGUGAAGAUUUUUCAACAUACUCGAUUGUCUUCGACAACAGCUACAGCUUGAUGAGGAACAAGAAAAUCUUCUACAACAUUCGGAUAGAAGAACCGAAUGAAAAUUUACAAGAAAUAGCGCUCCGUGAUUCGUAA